GUGCUGUUGAAGUCAUGAGGCGAGACCACAUCCUAACCUUUGCUGUGCUGUGUGUCUUCCAUGCUUGGACUCUGGGUGUGGACUCAAAUAUGGUAAGAUAUCUUUUCAAGGAUCAGUUUAUUUUGGAGGGCUAUAUUGCCAAUUGAAAUGGUCAAACUGAAAUGGUGAAAUGUAGGGUUUACAGGACAUAUAUGAUGUUUUGUAGUAGAAAAACGGUUUAUAUUUUUCAAUCUAUAUUUUAAUACCAGAAGACAAAGAACUGAGGGGGAUCUUUUACAAUUUUGCACAGAUUCUUCUUUUUAGAUUCAAUAGAAGCACAUUGUCAUGUUACAUAGCAUUAUUAUUAUUAUUAUUAUUACUACAUUACCCAUAAUGCUCAUUGACUGAACAUGCCAAAUUACCGUGGAAAUUAUGCAUCACAAUAGUAAUUAUAUUUCUAUGGUUAAUGGCCUUCUAUGAGGCCAGUGACUUUUGCAACCAAAUUAUUUUACUGUGAUCUGUCGCAUAAUAGAGACUUUUAUGGUCAUACAAGGUUCUUCUGGUGGAAUCAACAGCCUAAAAAGGAUUUGCAUGGCCCCAGUUGCAUUUGCAACCAAAUUACUUUUUUUAUGCAAAUUAAAUAAUAGGGGUGACAGUGAGCAGUGAAAAAAAUAACCAUAGACGGGAAGUUGACAAUUUUUAGUAGCAUAAAUACAUUGUAUUUCCAUAGUUGCAGCCCUAAAAAACUUAAUUGCAUUACAUACAAUGUAAUUGCAUUACAUACUCUUGAUUUGUAGCACCUACAGACAAAACUGUAAGUUCUCUUAAAGGAGGACUGAGUAAGGCCAAAAUGUCACAAUACAACUUAAUCAUUUUUCAAUAAGUCAUGAACAAUUAUUCAUGAGGAAGUUUAAAUUCCUAUAAAUGUGUCAUAGCAUCCAAAGAGUGUGCCACUUCACCAACUGUGGUGGAAAGUAAUUCAUGAAUCAGUUACGAGUGCUUAUAAACACUAAUGUGUCUUCUCUGAUUGUACCCUAUACAUGUAUAAGUAUGUGUACACAUAAAGGCUUCAUAACAUAAAUAUAUGUGGAACAGAGACAUUUGGCAGAGACAAAGUUGCUUUUAACAGUUCUUGUGGGUGUUAUGUUUAUGUCAUUACUGGAUAAGACUACAUUAAACUGUGUAGGCCUAUAUAGAGAAUAUGAUAAUAGGGAAUUGUGACUUUUUAUGUCAUGCAUAUAAAGGCUUUAUGACUCUUUAUGUCAUGCAUAUAAAGGCUUUAUGACUCUUUAUGUCAUGCAUAUAAAGGCUUUAUGACUCUUUAUGUCAUGCAUAUAAAGGCUUUAUGAAUCUUUAUGUCAUGCAUAUAAAGGCUUUAUGAAUGCUUUAUGAAUAAUACAUUUCACCACUGUAAUUAAAGUGUUCUUAUUGUCUCUUCCCUUUUCUGAAGAUUUAUCCCCGACUGAAUCGUCGCAAUCCUGACCCAAUACCCCUUGACAUGGCCCCUGACUCUAUCGAUGACUCCUACGAUGGCUGCAGGAAGAAUAUGCUCUGUGAGGUGACAAAUAAAUUCCUACCAGAGGUGAAAAAUGUUGACAGAAAUUUCAAAGACGCUUGGGAAGACGCUAUGAAAUUGUAUAACAACAACCAUAAAUCUAACGUUGAACAACUGUCUAAUGACCAUUUAAGGGCAAUUCAUGUGUAUGUGAAUCCACAACGGAUGAUUUACGUGCCAUUCAAUGAAGCCACUCGUAGCCUAGGGAAGAGCUAUAAGACACAUUUUAAGUAUCACUCCUUGCAUUUCCUGUUGUCUGAUGCCUUACGUAUUCUUAAUGAAGCCCAGGGAAAACAAUGUGUAAAAACCUUCCGUGGAGCCACUGUAGCUUACCAAGGAAAAGAAGAUGACACAAUGCGAUUUGGCCAAUUUGCUUCAUCAACUACCGACGAGCUUGUGGCUAAAAUAUAUGCAAAUUGGAAGACCUGUUUUAAGAUCACUACCUGCUUUGGUGCUUCUCUGGCAGGUUUUUCUCAAUUGGAAGAUGAAAAUGAGGUAUUGAUUCCCCCAUAUGAGGUUUUCAAAAUUGCUAAGGUGACCAAGAAUAAAGUAUUGGAAGAGAAGAACAAAGUAAAUGAGAAUGAAUGUGAGAUUGUCUAUGAACUAGAGAGCACAGAAACACCCAAAAGUGACUUGAAUUGCCAUAUUGUCGAAAAAGACGAUUCUUCCAGGAUAGGUCUUAAUCUGUGUCCGGGAAACACACCCUAAAUGCAGUGGUGGAAAAAGUACCCAAUUGUCAUACUUUAGUAAAAGUAAAGAUACGUUAAUCGAAAAUGACUAAAGUAAAAGUGAAAGUCACCCAGUAAAAUAAUACUUAAGUAAAAGUCUAAAAGUAUAUUUUAAACCAAAUACUUUUAAAGUAUCAAAAGUAAAAGUAUUAAUAAUUUCAAAUUCAAUAUAUUAAGCAAACCAGACGGCACCAUUUUCUUGUUUUUUUUAAAUGUAUUGAUAGCCAGGGGCACACUCCAACACUCAGACAUAAUUUACAAACAAAGAAUUUGUGUUUAGUGAGUCUGCCAGAUCAGAGGCAGUACAUGAACAGGGAUGUUCUCUUGAUAAGUGUGUGAAAUGAAUUGGACCAUUUUCCUGUCCUACUAAGUAUUCAAAAUGUAACGAUUACUUUUAGGUGUCAGGGAAAAUGUAUGGAGUAAAAAGUACAUUAUUUUCCUUAGGAAUGUAGUGAAGUAAAAUUGAAAGUUGUCAAAAAUAAAAGUAGUAAAGUACAGAUACCAAAAAAAACUUAAGUAGUACUUGAAAAUAUUUUUACUUAAGUACUUCACACCACUGCUUAAAUGUCUAUGGCAAGUUGCCCGGUUCCCACUACGGCCAAGCUGUGAAAUCAAAAUUGGGUGUAACAUAACAUUUUAUGAAAACAACGUUUUUUUGGUCUUAAUUUAAGGUUAGUUAGGCAUAAGGUUAGCAGUGUGGUUAAGGUUAGGCGUAAGGUUAAAAUCCGUCUUUGCAGCUUGGCCAGAUAGUUACAACCAAGUUUCCCUCUGUAACCACUAACCAGAUCCACUCUCCUUCUUCCUGACAUGCGUCCUUGAUCCUCCUUUAUCUAGAUUUUUUUUGCUUAAUCUGAUUUAUUUCAAGUUGCUGAAUUAGUACUUGAAUUUCCUGAAUUAGCACUUGCAGGACUGUUAUGAGCCAAUUUCUGAAGAUUACUGUGACUUGCAGAUAAUGCUGUAUGUGCUUAGCAUUGCUAAUAACAAUGUCAACAUGUUUUUUUUUUUUCCAAAGGUUUUUUCAUUUGAACGAUGUCAACAUUUGAGAUACUUGUGAAAACUUGUCAUGCACCUGAAAAUAAUAAAUGACAUUGAAUGCUACGUCUGUUAAUUUCCAUUCUUCCCCCUGAUUUGGAGUACCUGUGGUGGUACUUAUGAGCUUGCUUGUUAAAAGAGGACCCAAACUCCACACUAAAUUGGUGUAGCACCUUUACAUGUAAUCCCUCAUCCUCCUUACUUUCAAGGCUACUCAUUAAUAAUAAAAAAAAAUGCCCAGCCACUUUGUUUGUUAUAAAACAGGGAUGGGGCUGAAGAUAUGUUAGCCUUAUCGGGCCUAGCAUAAACUUUGCCACAAGGAACUGUCUGCCGCUCUACCUAAUAAUUGAAACAUUAUACUUUAUUAUCAAUGAGACUUUACAAAUUCAAAGAAAAUUGCAAGAUUCCAGUUAUACUCACCAGACCUUAUUUCCAGUUGCGUCGCGUCUCCGGCUUCCUCUUCCGUUAGACACAGGUGUUCUUGUUUGUCUUCACAGGUGUUAGGAAGACGCUGGACAGU